AUGCGAUCAUCGUUCACCGGUCGCGCCCAGUCUCCCGCGACGUUGACUAAACGGCAGCCCAAUGCACGUCAAGUCUCCAAUGGCUUCGCCAGCAAUGGUCACGCGAGCCCGACAUCGAAUGGUCAUGCCACACAUGCCACAUCUGAGUUGGAGAGCGAUGGUAGUUCAACAAGUCAUACAAACGGGCAUACAAAGAAGUCCUCGACAUCUCGCAGGAAGAAAACUACCAGGGCGCUCGCGAAGGGCAAAGGGAAAGUCGUUGAGAAAAUCGACUGGGAGAUUCCUCGCAAGGUGUUCCACUCCAGCAUCGGUUUUCUCACCGUUGGGCUCUACCUCUCACAUACGCCACCCCGCAUCAUCAUAAUCGCGCUCAUGGGUGCUCUGGCAAUCAUUGUACCCUCUGACUUCCUGCGGUUCAGAUACCCAUCGUUCGCGCGAGGGUGGGAAGCAUGCGUCGGGAUUCUCAUGCGCGAGAGUGAAAAGAACCGGACCAACGGUACCAUAUGGUACAUUCUUGGGGUUAUAUUCGUUCUUGCAGUAUACCCGUUAGAUCUUGCGGUAGUCAGCAUAUUGCUCUUAUCGUGGGCAGACACUGCUGCGUCCACGUUUGGACGAGCCUUCGGCAGGUAUACGCCACCGUUACCCGCUCGUAUACCCGUCCUUGGUCUCCCUCUCGCGCCUCGCAAGAGCACGGCAGGGUUCUUGGCCGCCUUCGCGACAGGCGCCGGCAUCGUUGUUGGCUUCUGGGGCUUCUUAGCCCCUCGCGGCGUGCCAAACGUCGGGAUUGAGACUGUCCGGCAUCUAUGUUGGACCUGGGCAGGCGUUGGAGACUCGUUUACCGGAGGGCUGGGCCUGCGUGACUUCGCUACACUGAUCGGUGAUAACGCCGUACUCACGGUGGAAUCUGUGACUGCGACGGUCGAGGCCGGUGCGCAUGCGGCGGGUGCAGCAGCGCAAGCCGCCAAAGCCGCCAUGAACGUCCCGUCUCUGGAGACAGGUGGCUGGAUAGGGUUAGGCAUCACGGGCCUAGCAGCAGGGCUGGCAACUGCAGUUGCCGAAGCACUCGGUAUUUACAGUGUCUCCCUUGUGCAGAACAAUGGUACUCACUUUGCCUACCAGAUCUUGGCUCCUUGGAUGACAACUUGA